AAUUUGUGUUACAUGAAUGCCGGGGAAAAAAAGGAUCAAAAGUAGUUUCACUUCUCCCCAACAAUAAUUUUUCUUGAUCUUCUUACAGGACAAUCGAACAGAAGCUGUUAACUUGUUCUUAUUUUCUUAGGUUUGAAUGAAUACUAUGGACACGACAACAAAAUCCCAGAAAAAACAGCCAACACAAAAGCAGCAGGGUAUAGGAAACGCCAACACAAAUACAAACACAAAGGUUGUAGAGAAGAGAAAGCCAGUUUUUGUGAAAGUUGACAAACUGAAACCAGGAACCAAUGGUCAUAAUCUUAUCGUAAAAGUGUUGAAGUCUGACACCAUUGUGCCGAAGGGUCGUCUGGCUGCCGCUUCUAAUCUACAGAAAACCCGGAUCGCUGAGUGUCCUGUUGGUGAUGAAACUGCCACCAUCCUCUUCACUGCUCGUAAUGAUCAAGUUGACUUGCUGAAGACAGAAACCACAGUAAUUCUCCGGAAUGCAAAGAUUGACAUGUUUAAGGGGUCGAUGAGGCUAGCGGUUGACAAAUGGGGCCGCAUGGAAGUCACAGAACCUGCCAAUUUUGUAGUUAAAGAAGAUAACAAUCUGUCACUUGUUGAGUAUGAAUUGGUGAACGUGUUGAAGAAUGACUGCAAAUCAACUCUUUGAUAAGCAACAAGUAGCUCAGCCGAUGAUUUGCUUUAUAUAUGAAUCCCACUACAUCGGGCUGUUUCUGUUGAAAUUUUUCUUUAUGGUCAUGUUUUGGUAGAUACAUAUCUUAUUAAGCCAAUGAGUCUUUUCACCUGUGAAUCAAUGUCGAGUAUCUAUGAGGUGUGCUGUGUACGUGAAAAAUAUGGUCAUUUUGCUCAGGAAUAUUAACAUGUGCCUUCGUUGA